AUGAAAAAGGCCAGCGGAGUGAGAUAUGGUAUUUUGGGGACACCCGUUACCCAGAUGACCUUCCUACUGCUAGGAGCGUUGAUGAAAACGGUUAAAGCAGAGGAGCCCGAGAAAUCAGAAAGUGUCAAUCUAGGUCAAAAGCUUGGAAAUUUGUCGGCUGGAGAAAAAACCUUCGCUGUGCUUGGGGUAUUGUCCCUGAUUUGCCUUUUCGUUGCCAUGGUCACAUCCCUGUCAAAAGGUGGCGACUCUCGUAAUCCUCAUAUGCAUAAAAUCGCCGCUACAUACGUUUUCUCCUGUUUUGGUUACUUACUGUUGGUCGCAUUUAUUGUCUACGGUUGUUAUCUAUACCACUCUGACGGGAGCGUGUCGACGUGUCAGAAUGGCUGUCUGUGCUUUGGCAUCCUACUGUUCCUCAGCUGCCUUGUGUUGUUUGCCCUGAAGAUAUUUAAACAGACGCAAACGGCCGCAGAAACUGCAUUAAUUUCCGAUUAUGUAUUCAUCUUUCUCUCCGUCAUCUUUUUGAUUGCAUUCACCCUGGCUGCUUGCCGUCAGUGCUACUUCAAACUGCCAUUUGGUAUAUUGCAGAGGCUAUUCAUAGCAUUUGGUGUGGUUAUAUUGGUGUUUUUGAUACUGGUGUUUGUCAAAAUUUUCAGAAACUAUAACCUCCAAUGGAACUCUAUUAAAACUAGCUGA